AUGGAGAUCAAUGGUGAUGGUAUGGUGUUGGUGGUCGAUGGUGUUGGGUGGGCGGUGGUGUUAGGCAGUGGUGGCCUGAUGAUGAUGAUGGUGGUUAGGAUGUUUCAAGUGAAAAAUAAGAAAUUUUUCCGCAAUUUUACGACCAUUACUUCAUUUGGAGUUGUUGGUACUCUGAUUUUGUUCCCAUCAUAUCGUUCGGGGCAAUGCGUCUGUUUCCUUUAUUGGAUAUUGGUUACUUUGAGCUUAAGGACUAUCUCGGUUCAUAGUUUCCUUUCCUCCUCUAUUACCAUGGCCAGCCCCCUUAGUUUGCAAACGUCCGACGGUGGUACAAGCAGUCAUAUGUUCCUUAGUGAACUCCGUGAAGGGAGCACCAGACCUAUCAUGAUAAUGGUUUGUAGAAAAUGGGACGUGACAAGUGUUAACGGCAGGUACAUGAGCACCGACUAUAUUGUCACUGACAUAAAGGGAGGUGUGAUGCAUUGCACCGCAAGGAAUAACAUUGCCCACUAUUUCUUUGACAAACUCAAAGAGGGCGGUGUAUAUUUGGUCAACGGUUUCGCCGUGCAACCUACAAAUCAGUAUCGGGUUCUUAAAGACAGCCCCUUUGUGAUUGGGUUGCAUGGUUCGACAACUGUGAAGCGGUUGAUGAUGACGGCGGUCGUUUUGAACGCUACCCUUUCCUGCUUACGGCGUUUGAGGAUCUCCAACCAACCGAAAACAAGUACUUCGUUGGUAUGUUUCCUAUACCCCACCUGGUAUUUGUCAUUAAAAUAUUAUUAG